UUUGGCGCGAGAUUGGGCUAGGCUUUGAACUUGGUUCCCGGCUUCGUUCUUAGCUCUGCCUUGCAGCAAGGACAAGGAUCCUCCACCCCGAGGUACCGGACCCUGCGCGCUUUUCGCUUUUCCCCGGAGCAUGAGACUGCCUAGAAGAGUAGGGGACGCGGCGGAGCUGCGCAAGAGCCUGAAACCGCUGCUGGAGAAGCGCCGGCGCGCACGGAUCAACGAGAGCCUGAGCCAGCUAAAGGGGCUGGUAUUGCCGUUGCUGGGCGCGGAGACUUCCCGCUACUCGAAGCUGGAAAAAGCAGACAUCCUGGAAAUGACCGUGCGCUUCCUGCAGGAGCAGCCUGCGUCCCCCUACCCCACUGCUGCGCCGGGGUCCUUGGAUAGCUACCUCGAGGGUUACCAAGCCUGUCUGGAGCGCCUGGCCCGCGUGCUGCCGGCCUGCAGCGUCUUGGAGCCGGCCGUGAGCGCGCGCCUGCUGGAGCACCUGAGGCAGAGGACUGUCAGAGGUGGCUCGCCUUCACAGACGCCCACUCCCGCCCCUGCUCCAGCUCCCUCUCCGCAGGUGCCUCCUCCGGGCAGCCCUGGCCUCUGGCGGCCCUGGUAGGUAGGCUCCUGGAUGUUCCAGGACGGGGACCUGGAUGGGCUAGCUGACCAAGGAAGUUCCAGAUGGUGGCUACAUCUCCCUCACUUCGAGAACAGUGAGUGCCCACACCCUAGCAAGAAUCCGAUGCUCGUGACCUAUCCGGAUGAUGAAGACUUCAAGGGCUCAGCUGGAGGGAAAAGAGAAUGUCUGGGCAGGAGAAUAAAGCAAUGUCUGCCGGGUGAGGAAGAAACCCAGACUUGGACGGGUAGAAAUGGUUCUGGCACUGGGCCAGCCAAAACUGCCUCAGCAGGGACAGACCUGCCCCAGUGUGGGCAGCAGACCAACCUCUGGUCUUGGAGCUCACUUGGGCCACCUGCUCUGAUGGGUGAUGGCAUUCCCGGCCACGCCUGGAUAUCAGCUGGGCUUGAGAACCUCUCUAUAAACAGAGCAAUGACGUGGGAGGGCUUUGACCUUUGCCCACUCCGGAAGCUCUUCAGAGCACUGAGCAGGGCUUGGCGAACCACCUCCUCCACUCCUAGGCUUCCCCUCCCAGUGACCUCUACUGCAGGUAGUGAUGGGGAGGACUUCCUAAUUUGCUCCUUCACGCAUUCUCUUUCCCAUACACCAGGCCCAGUGGUCUUCACAGGUGGCAAAGGAUGAGACAAGUCUGAGGCUUCCCCGUGGCCUUAAGGAACUUAGUGGCUUCGGAGGAAUGGAACCCAGCACAGGAUGCAGAACUCAAACUUUGGGAUGGCAGGGACCCAGGAGGUAGCGGCAGGUGAAGGAACAUGAACCACCAUGCCUGCUUUCUUCAUUAAACCACUCUCUGAACCCAAGCAGUUGGGCUAUUAUAAGCAACUUGUUCAGAAGUUAUUUCUCCCAAAAUGGAAACUCAGAAGCCUCUGAAGACCCAGAGAAGGGGCCUUCGGAUCCCAGGAGUGAGUGCUCGGAAAAAGCAGGAGAAUUCAUGAACCAUGGUCACUCCAGGUCAUGGGGAUUUGCUGAGCGUUGCAGCAAGGUUGCUUCUCCCUCUCCCUGUGCUGGGGACCAGGACACUAAAGCCAAGGAGACAGACGGACCAGGGAAGGGGCAGUCACCGCUCUGCUCUGCCAUGUACAUGAUGACCCUGGGCACUGAUUUGGGUGGCAGGAAGGAGGUGGGGAAGUUGUAGGCAUUCUUAAAAAAGAAAGAAAGAAAAAUCCACAUGAAGACAGCAGGGGCUCCCAGAGAAGCUGUGCUGGGCCCUGUGGCCUAGACUGUGAUUCUGGGAGGCAGGGCAGGCAGAGCGCACCUGUGUAUCUCUGGGACAUGACACACAAUGUUGCUCAAUAAACGCGGUGGGUUAGAGGGUUCGAUGUGACUGGCUCACAUGGUGAUGAACAAUCUGACUUUUGCUUUGACCACCACUCCAAGUUCCUUGCUCAGGGUUCCUCAACCCUCCUCAUGCUGCGACCCCUUAAUACAGUUCUUUAUUUUGUGGUGACCCCCCCAACCACAAAAAUAUU